AAAAGAGUGGUAAAGAACUGUAGGGUAGGAAACUGUAGGGGAUCAAAACCUUUGUAAUCCCAAUAUCCUAUCCAGUAUCUGCUCUUUUCUCACCCAAUUCUUUUUCUUUUCUAACAGCACAACAAUACCUUCAAAGCCAAUUCAAUCUUUCUGUCUUGCUUUUGACUUCUUCUUCUUCUCUCUCACUCCUUCCUUCCCUCCCGUAUCGAAUUCUCAAGCUGCCAAUGGAGAUUCUAUCUUCUUCUUUAUGCGCAACCCACGGCGGCGGCCUAGUCAAUUUUUGUGGCGGUGGCUCCGUCGCUGUUCUUGGCUUCCCUCUCCAACAUCUCAAGACUCAACCCCUUCCUGAUUCUAAAAAAAGGCAGAGUUUUGGGGUCAUAAAGGCUUCUGUUGCCAAGACAGAAGUUGCACUUCUCAGAAUUGGCACUAGAGGAAGCCCUUUGGCACUCGCUCAAGCUCACGAGACACGUGACAAACUCAUGGCUUCCCACCCAGAAUUAGCUGAAGAAGGGGCUAUCAAAAUUGUUGUAAUAAAAACAACUGGUGAUAAAAUACUGAGUCAGCCCCUUGCAGACAUUGGUGGGAAAGGCUUGUUCACAAAAGAAAUUGAUGAGGCUUUAAUAAAUGGUGAUAUUGACAUUGCUGUCCACUCAAUGAAGGACGUUCCGACUUAUUUACCAGAGAAGACGAUUCUACCUUGCAACCUUCAACGUGAGGAUGUUCGUGAUGCAUUUAUUUCCUUGAGUGUGUCUUCCUUGGCUGAGCUUCCUGCUGGGAGUGUUGUUGGUACUGCAUCACUCAGAAGAAAGUCACAAAUACUCCACAGAUAUCCAUCGCUCAAGGUGGAGGAGAAUUUCCGGGGCAAUGUACAGACACGAUUAAGAAAACUUAAUGAAGGGUUGGUCCAGGCUACUUUAUUAGCAUUAGCUGGACUCAGACGCUUGAGCAUGACAGAAAACGUUACUUCCGUUCUUUCAAUUGAUGAAAUGCUUCCAGCAGUUGCACAGGGGGCUAUUGGAAUUGCAUGUCGACGCAAUGAUGAAAAAAUGGCCAAUUACCUAGCUUCUUUAAAUCAUGAGGAAACACGACUGGCAGUUGCGUGUGAGAGGGCCUUUCUGGAGAAAUUGAAUGGGUCGUGCCGUACUCCUAUUGCUGGCUAUGCUUACAAAGACGAGGAUGGUAAUUGCAUAUUUAAAGGAUUAGUGGCGUCUCCUGAUGGAACACGCGUGCUUGAAACAUCUAGAAAAGGCCUAUACGUUUUUGAAGAUAUGGUUAUGAUGGGGAAGGAUGCUGGCAAGGAACUUCUGUCUAGGGCAGGUCCAAGCUUCUUUGAUUCUUGAGUAAUUUGACAACAAUGCGGGGUAAAAAGAGGAAAGCUCGAGGCUUCUGGUUUAACCUUUAGGAUUUGUCUUCAUCAACUUCAUUCAUUCUUCCGAGUCUUUGUUUGUUGUAUUUCUAGGAAUAGCUAUUAUUUGGUAAUUUUUGGCGAAUGAUGUGAGAAGGUUGGAUUUUUUACGUGUAAUUUUAAUUAUUCGAGUCUUUGUUGUGCGUGCUUUGCAUGCGGACGAAAAAGUAAUAAUAGUAAAUAACUUUUAAUGGG